GGUAGCCCAAGCGGCUGUCGCGCGCACCCGCGAGCAGCAGGGGGACUCGGAUGUCCGCCUGCCCGCCCUUUUGGCGGUCGCAGCUUGGCGCCUGGGCUCUAGCUUUUGGACGCGCAGUGCCCGGUGGCAGAGGUUGGCUCGCUGCCUUGACUGGCUGGACCCGGUCGUGAACUACAGAGCUUUCGGGAGGAGGUGCCACAGGUGUUGCUUGCGCCACAUCUCUUUGCAGCAGGGGAAACCAGGCCGGAAGGGGUUGCGCCCCAGCCUCCACCAUGCCUAUCACUCGGAUGCGAAUGAGACCCUGGCUAGAGAUGCAGAUCAAUUCCAACCAAAUUCCAGGGCUGAUCUGGAUUAAUAAAGAAGAGAUGAUCUUCCAGAUCCCAUGGAAGCAUGCUGCCAAGCACGGCUGGGACAUCAACAAGGAUGCCUGUCUGUUCCGGAGCUGGGCCAUUCACACAGGCCGAUACAAAGCAGGGGAGAAAGAGCCAGAUCCCAAGACAUGGAAGGCAAACUUCCGUUGUGCCAUGAACUCCCUACCAGACAUCGAGGAAGUGAAGGACCAGAGCAGGAACAAGGGCAGCUCAGCUGUACGGGUGUACCGGAUGCUGCCACCCCUCACCAAGAACCAGAGGAAAGAGAGAAAGUCCAAGUCCAGCAGAGACACUAAGAGCAAAACCAAGAGGAAGCUGUGUGGAGAUUCUAGCCCUGACACCUUCUCUGAUGGACUCAGCAGCUCCACUCUGCCUGAUGACCACAGCAGCUAUACAACUCAGGGCUACCUGGGUCAGGACUUGGAUAUGGAAAGGGACAUUACUCCAGCGCUGUCACCGUGUGUUGUCAGCAGCAGUCUCUCCGAGUGGCAUAUGCAGAUGGACAUCGUACCAGACAGUACCACUGAUCUGUAUAACUUGCAGGUGUCACCCAUGCCCUCCACCUCUGAAGCCGCAACAGAUGAGGACGAGGAAGGGAAGUUACCUGAGGACAUCAUGAAGCUCUUUGAACAGUCUGACUGGCAGCCCACACAUGUGGAUGGCAAGGGAUACUUGCUCAAUGAACCGGGAGCCCAGUUCUCUUCUAUCUAUGGAGACUUCAGCUGCAAGGAGGAACCAGAGAUUGACAGUCCUGGAGGGGACAUUGGGAUAGGCAUACAGCGCGUCUUCACGGAGAUGAAGAAUAUGGACCCUAUCAUAUGGAUGGACAGCCUGCUGGGCGGCAACUCUGUCAGGCCGACCUCCAUCCAAGUCAUUCCUUGUGCACCAUAGUUUGGGUUUCUGACCUGUUCUUGCCCUCCUGAGUGAACUAGGCCUGGCAUCAUGGUGGCCAUGAUACAAAAAAAAAAAAAAAAAAAGAAAAAAAAAAAAAAAAGAAAAAAAAAAAGCUAGACUUCUGUGGGCCCCUUGACAUGAAAACAUAGUCCCGCUGCCAAGUAGGGAGGGGACCAUCCUCCUUGAGUCAGUGGACUCUCAGGGCUUAGGAGGCAGGGUCUGAGUUUUUCUUGAGAGGUGAAGCUGGCCCUGACUCCUAGGAAGAUGGAUUGGGGUUCUGAGGUUUUAGUUUGAGGCAGACACCAUGGACAGGGGUCAUCUUCCUAGCUUUUUUAGAGCCUUGUUGCUUAGAGAGGGUCUUAUCACUGGGCUGGCCCUGGGGGGAAUAGACCAGCGCCCAGAGGGAGAGUACAGCACCGUCCCUAGAGCUUGCUCUGCACUGGGAGAAAAUUGCACUAACUGAGUCCUAUUCCCAAAAAAUUGCUGCCCUUCCCAACCGAGCCCUGGGAUGGUUCCAAAGCCAGUGAAAUGUGAAGGGAAAAAAAAAUAGGGUCCUGUGAGGGUGGGGCUCCCAUAGCCUCAGAAGGGUCCCGCCUCACUACCUGCUCCAGCUGUGGGGCUCAGGAAAAAAUGGCACUUUCUGUGGACUUCGCCACGUUUCUGAUCAGAGGUGUACACUAACAUUUCUCUCCAAGUCUUGGCCUUUGCAUUUAUUUAUAUAGUGCCUUGCCUGGUGCCUGCGGUCUCCUCAGGCCUCGGCAGUCCUCAGUAGGCCCAGGGAGGGGUUUGUGAGCGCCUUGGCGUGACUCUGAAUAUUGGGAAACGCCACCUAACUGCUAACUUGUGUUUGAUCACAUGUGGAUCUGUGUAAAUAUGUAUAUUUGUCUUUUUAUAAAAAGUUAAGUUGUUUA